AGCUGUUGUAGAGGCGACAAAUAUCCCCCCAAGCCUACCCAGAGAAGUACCCAGCCCGACUCUUUACUUCUUUAGGAGUAGUACUCCAAUCCAUACCCCAUAGGAUCAUCCAUUCGUCAAACAUCAUAGAAUUAUAACUACUUCAGUAUAACUGCUUCAGAACAUGAAGCUUUCUCUUUGCAAGCCUUCCCUAGUGUGCGUAGCCUUCACAUUGGCUGCCUCUACCACGCAUCAUGCAGUGGGAUUUAAUAUACGACGGUUUCUUGUUACCCGUGGACAAGAUGCGUCAUCGGACGACGAAGGAUUUUACAGCAAGAAAAGGACUACUCCUGAUGUAUCACGGCACAAUUCGAGAGCAACUUCGCGCUGGAAUUCAGCCUCGACCGUGUGCGAGGCUGCGACGCCAGAAGGUGGAGACUCGGAUGCUGAGAGUCACCUUCUAAAAGAUGUAGCGCAGGGUGACGCACUACAAGUACAACAAGCGAAUGCGGAUCUAAGUGUGGGAAAUGGGCAUGGUGAAAGGCUUGCAGAUGCAGUAUCGAAAUUAGCGCCGACACGUGGAUCGGCUGAUGAACAGAACACGGCAACCGAACCACGAGAUGCAGAACUUGAAGAGACCAGUUCAGGAGGAGUAUCCUUGUCUAGAUCUUCCUCAUCCUCGUGUCUCACAUUGUCCUCGUCCGAAAAUGGCGAACGUGGUUUCGAGGACCUAUUGUCCUCCGAACAAGAUGAAGACGAUGUCGCGUCCUAUUGCAGUACAUCGGCAGAAACCCUCGCGACAGAAGAACCUUGCGCACUAUGUCUCGAGACGGCAAAUGAGAAGCCCGGUGAAGUUUGGGCAAAGCUGCCGACCUGUGGGCAUAUGUUUCAUCUUCGAUGUCUUGGGAAGGUAGCAGAAGUAAGCAGCAUCGUUGAAUUUGCAGUGCAUACGUAUACGAGUAGAGCACGAAAGGUACAACGACGAAAUAAGUUUCUGCAGCUUGUGGUGGAAGAGAAAAUCAUGGAGAGAAAGAAACAGAUGAAAGGAGAACAAGGGCGCGGACACGCAAAAGAUUCAGUGCUAGGUGGCCGUAGAUCCAGGAUAAUGUCUACAGAAGAAAGGGACCAUUGUGGAAGUAAAUUUUCAGGAGGAUCCACUUCUACCGCAGCAAGUAGAGCAAGCAAAAAGAAGUCGAAAGUGGAAGAGCGGCAGCUUGAACUUGCAUACUAUAUCUUUCUCGACCACAUGCAAACAGUGGAUACGGCUAAGAUUGAGGAAUGGUUGGACGAGUUUGUACCCAUUGGCAUGACAGCGAAAUGUCCUCUGUGCCGUGAGGAAUUUAGUCGUUGGCUCAUCGCAUCGUGGUUGUUAGCUGUACACCCAUAUCCGAGUAACACGAUGCAUCGAUCAUUUGUGCAGAAGUUGAUGGAUGAAGCAAGAGCAACGCCAGCAUCCGCUCGAGUGCAGAUGGAUGAAGCAAGAGCAACGCCAACAUCUGCUCGAGUGCACAAUGACGAGGCACUAAGAAGCGUUGAAAUUGAACGCCAAGGAGACCAGAGCCAGACACCUUCGACCGCAACGUUCCCGCCUCCUCCACCACCUGCCACAUCUUCGAGUACUAGAGCCCGACGACGACGUCACAAUCACCUCGCAAGAACAAGAAGAAUGUUGAUCAAGCAAGGCGCGGAGAAGAUGGCGGACAGGCUCUUGAAGAAGUAUCUGGGGGAUCGAGAGCGGCGGACCGUAGAUGAUGAAAUUCAUUCCAACAUGAUCACAAAGCACUAUUGUCAGAGCCCUUGUCGUGGGAGACGAAGGAGUAGGAGGACUGGUACCAGUAGCAGUAGCAGUAGCAGGCACAAGGAGUCGUGUGGAUUGCUUCUAAAAGGAACAAGAGCAAGAGGAGCUGCAGCAUCGGUAUCGACAUCGUCUAAAGUACGAGUUGUAGAAGAAAAGGGUGACGGUGAGGAUAGUAGUACGAGUUGUAGAAGAAAACUCAAAGGGACCGGUGAGUGGAGAUCCAUCAAACUCUCACGGGAAUGCAGAAACCCCACACAAGAAGACCAAAAAGAUGAAUCUUCAGAGGAGGCCUCCUACAGUAGUAGAAGCUUAUCACCUUUCUACCAUGCCUCACCUACAACAUCGCUUCAUUCGGAGAUACGCUCUUGCAGUCGUUUGAUGGUACAUCCUCAAUCUGGGUUGCAGAUUCUAGUGAGCAAGUAUGAGCCAUUCAAAGCAGGUAUGCAACCGUUUUUGGCCGACCAAGAGCGGCUAGAGUGGGAGCAAAACGCAAGUCCUGUCGUCAAAUGUGCACUAGUGUGCACUCGCCUGACGGGCGGCACUUUGAUAUCGACAGUGAUGGCAAGGAUGAUGGGUUUUGGCGGCAGGAUUGGAUCUUCUUACUCCUAG